AUAUGCCUUCAGCAAAAACAAGCAUCCGGUUGCAUCACCUUGUUUACGUUGGGCUCAGAGAAAAACGUGUAACAUAAUGUACAUGCAAUUAAAACUAUUUUAAAGAUAAAUUUAGAAUUAAUUGAAUAAAUAAUUAUUUUAAGAUAAGGGUGUUCGACUUUCGAUUAAGUUUUAUUGAUUUGAGGGGGAACUUUUUCUUUUCAUGCAGAUUUAGUCUACACAUGAGGAUUUAGAUAAGAUCUUGAGGCGAAUUGAUCAAAGUUAAACGAACUGUGUUUAGUUUAGACAAGUGGAACUAAUUUUGAAUCAAGCAUUAGAAAACAGGAUUUAGAUCUUAGAUUUAGAAAAUGGGAAAAGGAAGAAGCAAUCCAGUCCCAGAGGUUGAUGUGGAAGAUGAUUUUGACAAAGAAUCUGUACCAUGGUGGACCUCCUGUCGUCUAGCGCUCGCAGUUUUGGGAUUUUUUGGAUUUGUGAAUGUAUAUGCCCUACGUGUGAAUAUGAGUGUAGCUAUUGUAUGCAUGGUUAAUCAGACAGCUCUCCGCCUAAAGGAUGCCAAUACAAGUGGUAAUGGAUCACAGACUAGCAGCUAUAGUAGCCAAUGUGGAAUGGUUGGGGCAGUCGAUGCCAAUGGAACAAGUAGCAAAGAUAUGCAGGAUGGUGAAUUUGAAUGGAACAAGUCUAUACAAGGUGUGAUACUGGGAUCAUUUUUCUGGGGCUACCUGCUCACCCAAAUUCCAGGGGGCUGGCUUGCAACUAAAGUGGGAGGAAAGAGGGUUUUGGGAUACAGUAUGUUAGGGGCAACUAUCGCUACAUUUCUCACGCCAUUUGCAGCACAAACGCACUAUAUUAUGUUGAUAGUUUUACGUGUCAUUGUUGGGAUAACCUCGGGUGUUUGUUAUCCAUCAAUGCAUGCCCUAUGGGGAUCAUGGGCACCACCACUGGAGCGAAGUAAAUUGGCAGCUUUUACUUAUGCUGGGGCACAGGUGGGCAAUGUUAUCACGUUCCCUCUAGCAGGUCUACUCUGUAAAUACGGGUUUGCUGGUGGUUGGCCAUCUAUAUUUUAUGUAUUAGGAAUAUUAAGUUUUGUUUGGUUUGUACUGUGGAUGUUUUUUGUGAGCGAUACCCCAUCUCAACAUAAAAGAAUAACGAAAGCUGAGAGAAAUUACAUCAAACAUGCCCUGAAAGAUAGCGUAAACUCAGAUGGUGAUAAGAAGUUAGAUGUUCCAUGGAAGGGCAUGGCCCUAUCAAUGCCUGUGAUAGCCAUUUUGGUAGCUAAUAUUACCACUGACUGGGGAACAUACACUUUGUUGACUAGUAUACCAACAUAUAUGAAUGAAGUGUUGAAACUAGACAUAUCUGCUAAUGGUUUGUUUUCUGCGUUACCUUACAUAGUGUUUUGGGCCAUGAUAAAUGUGUCAGGCUGGAUUGCUGAUUUUAUCAUGUCUAAAGGCUGUUGUUCUAUAACCAUCACAAGAAAGGCUUUUACCAUCACAGGAAUGUUGUUGCCAGCUGCUCUACUGAUUUGUCUAGGUUACGUGGAUUGUACCCAGCCUGGUUUUGCUAUUGCCCUGCUGGUUCUGGGCGUGGCAACAACCGGGUUCCAGUACAGCGGAUGGAUUGUAAACCACAUGGACAUUGCUCCAGCGUUUGCGGGGAUAUUGUUUGGUAUCACAAACUCUAUUGCAGCUGUGACGGGAUUUUUAUCACCAUAUGUUGUUGGCGUGAUAACUGAGACCAAAGAUGCUUCUGCAGAGGACCAGUCUCGGGAACAGUGGCAAAUAGUGUUCUAUAUAGCUGGUGGAUUCUAUAUUUUUGGCUCGGUAUUCUACGGAAUAUUUGCCUCGGGAGAAAUGCAACCGUGGGCGAGGGACGACGUCAUAGCAGUCGCCGCGGAAGAGCUGUUGCAGGGGACAGAGCUGCAGGUGAAGGUCACUGAUGAUAAAAGAAAUGGAGUAGAAGAAAAACAUCUUUGAUGACGAUAAAGAUAUAGGUAGAAAAAUGAUGUGACAUCUCAAGUUUGGAGUUGAUAUAUAUCAAAACCUAAAAGAAGAUAUAGCUUAAAAAAAAUCAUUAGCAUCUUUAUAUGAUAGGGUAUUAUCUCAAUUCUUACUUAAUAUAUAAAAGAAUAAAAACAGACCUCCGUUAAUAUAUAUAUAAAAGAAUAAAAACAGAUCUCUGUUAAUAUAUAUAAAAGAAUAAAAACAGACCUCCGUUAAUA